AAAAAGAGACAAAAAUAAAAUAAAAAAUAUAUUUGAGGUCUGACUAAAAAAUCACUACAAAUUUAAAGCUCCCUAUGCUUUACACGAUAGGUACCCUCGUUUUCAUUUCAUUCUUUAGCAGCGGAGGGGUUUCAGGAGCUCGGCGUUGAAUUUAAAUCGGAGUUUUGCUACUAAUCACAUGAAGUUGCCCUUUUCCGGCAAGUAUCUAGCAUUGCGAGAUUAUUUAAGUAUUUGAAUUUUGAAAUGCGCGAUGCAUGAAAUUGCAGAGGCCAAGUGAAUGGUGUAAUAUGGUUUUCUGAGCGUGCAUGGCUGCGUGUGAGGGUUGUUUUGAGUAAAUUGGAGGGUUACAAAGGAUUUAAGAGAGGAUUGCGAAAUUUUGAAGGAAAAAAAAGGUGCGCACUUGUUAAGGAGGUUGGAGAAUGCAGAAUCAGCAUAUUAAUAAGGCCAUUGAUGACAAUCAAACAAUUGAGAAACAACAUAAGCACCAGCCACACCAACUCGAACAUGCUCAGAAACGACAGCAACAACAUCAGGCACCAAUUGGCAUACAAUCACCACCUGGAGAAUUCAUUAUGCCCCAUACCCAACUUGAUCAGUCUAUGGGAGUAGAUGCGCAAAGGCAAACCCCAACUGGAUAUCCUUUCUUUGGAAACAUGGUUACAUAUAGUCCACAACCUAUGAUACAUCCGUAUAUGGUCGGACUACAGCAAAGUGGUGUUCCAUUGCCAUCGGAUACUAUUGAAGAGCCUGUUUAUGUAAAUGCGAAACAAUAUCGUGGAAUUUUGCGACGCCGUCAAAUACGGGCAAAAGCAGAAUCAGAAAAUAGACUGAUUAAAUCCAGAAAGCCAUAUUUGCAUGAAUCUCGACACUUGCAUGCUUUAAAGCGAGCAAGGGGUUGUGGUGGUCGGUUUUUGAACACCAAGAAGGAUGAUAAGGCUCAAGAUGGAAUGCCAGGGGAAAAGAAUUUACAGGGUCAAAUUGGGCAAGAUGUUGAGGCAGGCAUGGCCAGUACAGGAAAGGGGAGUAAUUCACAAGGAAACACCUAUGCCGAACAAACUCAAAAAAUAGGUAAUGUAGCACAGCUUGAAAACACUGAUGGAACUUCUCAUUCAGGAAUAGGCUCUUCUGGAAUGUCUACUGGUCUGUGUCAAAAUCAACGUCAAAGUCAAUCUCUUCAUUCAUCUGCAUUUCAUCUAUUUUCAGUUAGCAGUUCUGAAAGCGGACAGGUUGGGAGUAUGGUUUCUAAUGGAGGCCACCACACGGCAGUGGUAAUUCAGUGAAGGCACUUUCAGUGUGGGAGCUGUUUUCUGUUAGUUCUAGCUUUACAGUUCCUCCUUGUACUUAAAGUGCCUUUCUUGUUUAUAGCCUGAAACCUGCAUUCCAACAUGAACUGGUCAAUCUAUAUUACAAAUUUUACAAAGAUGAAGUGCUGUAAAGGUCAAAACUCUGGUAUAUGUAUAUGUAAGAGUUGUAGGUUGUGUUUUCUUUGUGUUAAUCAGCAUAUGUUCGUGUUAGCCUGGAGAUGUUAUAUGAUGUGUUCUUUGGUUUGCAUCUUUCUCUCUGUAAAGAUGCUCUAUACCUCAGGCUUUGCACCAAAAAUGUUUGAACAGUUGACCUGGAAGUUACAGUUCCUUGAUCACUGUUGUGUGGUUGACGAUGUAGGACAGGGCAGGCAUAUUCAAUCUACUUCAAAAGUAGACCAAAGGCAAUUCAUUCUUGGCUUUACUGCUUUUUCUUAUGAUUGUGAAAGUAAUUAAAACUGUACUGUAAGACCUUAUGUUUUAUGUUUGAACAGGUGUAACUCCUAAAAAAUACUGUAACCUAGUCUGUGGCUUGCUCUUGGGUUUGUCGUACCUCCCUUUUGCUUGACCCUGUAGGGUGUGGAUUCUGUGAUUGACUUUCAAUGGCAAUGAAGUUUUCUCCAA